AUGCCGCUUCAUCUCUACUCACUUCCAAAUGAGGUCUUUGUGCAAAUCCUCACCCCGUUUUGCACCCGCGAUGUUCUUCCGUUGGCAAAAGUCUCGCAUCGCUUUCGCGCUCUAGUCCUCCGUAUCCUCCAUUACCGACUGCUAGUGGCUGCCUCGCUGAAAGAAUACAAGCUCAUCCUCGAGUGCUUCCAUCCCGCCUCCAAACUCACCGAACCGCACGUCUUCUGCAAAUACCUGGGCACCGAUGGUCUGAGCGAUAAACAUGAAGGAGAGGGCUCGUUAUAUGAGAAUGUCGAGGAAGCACAAAAGCUGGGAAGACUCACGUCGCUGUAUUCCCGGUUCCGGCCUGAGGUCACGGUCGAGGAAAGAACGAAUGGGUCUCGAUUAGUCCCGUUCGAGAACGGCCUCGAUCCUGACGAUCUUACCGUCAAGCGAGCAGUGCAUAUCGAAGACGCAGAGGAUUUCUCACAACUGUGUGUCAUGGUAAAUCUGGUUAAGGUCAUGCCGGGUAGCAACCGCCUGCUGAGUGCGGUGACAGUGAAGGAAAGUGUGGCCUGGUUGUUUAGAAAAUGGCUGAGAGAGCAGUCACAGAGAACGGAUCCUGAUAUCCUAUGGGUAGACCAGGGUGAGAAUGUCGGGCUAAGGAUGCGCGUGAGGGAAAAGAGACGACCGGGACAGGCUGCGAUUCUCAUUCAUCGCGAUGAGGCGCCGGUCAGUUAUGAUGUGGAUAUUGAGGAAUUGCAUGUCCGUACCACUCGCGUCUUGUUGACCCUGGAACAAGCAUUGCAAGAGCAGCAGAAUUAUAGACAGGCCGUCGUGUUCAGCCUUGGCUAG